GCGGGACCGCCCGGCACCGGAAACGAAGGCGGUGGCGUCAGUUCCGAGGUGUACCCGGAAGCGGCCGCUUGUUGUGGUGGCCGCCAUGGUGUGCGAGAAGUGCGAGAAGAAACUCGGUACGGUGAUCACUCCCGAUACGUGGAAGGAUGGCGCAAGAAACACCACAGAAAGCGGUGGCCGCAAGUUAAAUGAGAACAAGGCAUUGACCUCAAAGAAAGCAAGGUUUGAUCCGUACGGGAAGAACAAAUUCGCAAUAUGUCGGAUUUGUAAGAGUUCUGUCCAUCAGCCAGGGUCUCACUAUUGUCAAGGGUGUGCCUAUAAAAAAGGCAUCUGCUCAAUGUGUGGCAAGAAGGUCUUGGAUACGAAGAACUACAAGCAAACGUCUGUCUAAUUGUAUCGAUUAGUCUUUUUAUCAACUUUUAACUUCUGUGUCUUUGUAAAUUUAUUUGUGAAUAUUACUUUCUGGAAGAUAAUAGAUUUACUUGGAAUGAGAUAGGAGGUAAAGACAGCCUUUUUGUUUGCCUAGAAAUGCACUUAAUUGAUUUUUGUUGUUUUAGCACUAAUGAUAGGCAAAAGAACUCGUUUUCGGGAGCUGAUACAGUUUUUAGUGAAGGAGGAGAUAAUUCUAGUGGAUAGGUUUGAAACUAUGUUACCAUCAUAACACAGUUCUUAAACCCGUUAUUCUUUUGCUGUAUUCUUGAGUCUUCUAGUCCUGUAGUAGUGUUUCAAAGAUGUAUAAAAUAUCAGCUUGUGUCACCUCAUUAAAGUAGUAUCUUCAUUUAAUUCUAUACUUAUGAGUAUUUGUAAUUAUUCUGACCCCAAACUAUUAUGUCUUUCCCUCUUAGUUGUUCAGCUUCACAGAUUUUAAUGCAAUUACGCUCUUGGAUUUUCUUACUUCUGGCAGUACAGUUGGUUCAAUCAUAAACUGUUAAAAGUAAAGAAAUUUAAUGUGUUACCCUGCCAGUUCUUGCUUUUGCAGGAAGGCUGACUAGCUAUUCCUUUAUUAGCCUCUGAGAAAGGAGGCUUUUCAUAUGGCAUCUGGUGGCCCAAGGCAAUAAAAUAAUGAGCAUCAAUUUCUAAUGCCCCAUCUCAGUCUCAUGAUUUCCUAUGUCUGGCUUUUUAAUACUUGGUUUGAUAUUGGCUCGCGGAUUCUAUGAUUUGCUUAUGGAUGUGUCACCUUUGAAAGAUCAAAACAGGCUGCCUUCUCUUAAGUAUUGGUUUGAUCUAAGAAGUGAAGUGAGCCUCUCUAAAAGUGGGAGGCUGAUCAUGGCCCUGCAUUUCUUUUGUCCUUCCAUUAUUUUGUACAAAAGAGAACAGUGUUCACUGCAUGCAUCUUAAGGGAAAAGAAUGGUACUCUUAAUUCACUGUGGGGGUUUAACUACACCUAUUUAAGUGUUUACUUCUCCCAGCAAUCUCCUCUUGGCAAUCUGGUAUGCUUUUGCAACUUUCUUUCAACUGUAACAGAAAAACUAUCAAUGGAAAUUUCCCUAUGAAUAGAUAGUCGGAUUUCGGUUUUCUUUUGUUCUCAGGUCUGUUACUGAGACAGCUGCAUGACUAAUUUAGACUGAAAAUUUGCUGUUCUCUUUGUGUUAGUGAGAGAAAAUAAAUAAUACUGGAUAUAUAGUGAUUUUAUUUGCUCUUAGCUCAUGCCAUGCUGUGGUUGUGCUAUAAGUAGCUCUCUAGAAGGGGUUGCCUGACAUUCCCUGACACCCUUAACUAGCCAUUAUUGAACAUUUGAAACCAAAAUUUUUUGUUCCAGAUGUUUUGACAUCUUGUACUUGCUAAAAUGAUAAUUCUUUUCAGCAUGUUAUAUUUACUAAGAAGCUUUGUCAGGAUAGUGGAAUGAGCUGGAUCCCCCAAGAGAAGAAAGAAAUGCUGCUGCUUCCCAUGUUAAAAGCUUCACCUUUUAAUUGAAUGGAGGUACCUGGACCAGCUGGUGGUAGCUGGCAGCCUGCAAGCUUAUUUCCACUUGGCAGAGGCCACGUGUUUCCAAACACAUCAAGGAAUUCUAAUACUAGUGUACAUCUCUUUUGCACAUCGUCUGUGUGGGUGAAAAGAAAAUGUCUAUAACUGGCUUCAAUUUUUGCAGAAGGUGCUUGUCAGCAGAGGGUGUGGCACUUUCAGGUGGCAGAUUGUCCAAUACUCUUCAGAUUGGGUGAAGAACCUAUGGGUGUGUUCUAGAAGAUUGCUUCUCACUAUUUUGUGAAUAAAGCUUGCCUUCCUAAA